UGUCACUUGUGACUUGUGAGCAAUCAGCUUUUUGUAAACAUUGUCUGAUUUAUGACAACAUUAAUUAUUUGCAUAACAAUGUGGGUAAUCGUGAAUCGCGUAAGCUGUCACUUUAUUGAAUUGUUGUGUGUAAGUGUUGGAGACUCAACGACUGGAAAUUAAUAUGUUAACGGACAAUGAAUCCUAUACCAGCACUUGUGAUUUACUGGACAAACAUGCGCUGGCUGACGAGAAAGUUGGCGUGUCUGCGAUGGAAAGAUCGGCGAGAUCCAGCGUGGAUGCACAUAGCGUUGAUAUAGGAGAGAUCACCGAGGCACCAGACACCGACUAUAUGAGUACUUCCGCUAUUCUACAUUAUUGUAAAUCCAAAAUACUGGUUCCAUAUCUAAAACUACUAACAGUGAUGGGUCUGCGACCCGUCGGGGAAGCCUCAAGCACGUCAACUUACAUUAUUUGCCUUUCACAUUUUCAUUCUGCGCAAGUGGCCGUUCUUAUGGUCCUGGGAUAUAUCCUACAAUACAUGGCAUGUUUUAGAAGAGAUAGAGGGUUUUGCUAUAGAUUAGUGCCCCUAGCACUCCAGUCGUCGUUUGAAUACGACGCGUACAAACAAGUAUGUUACGGAAAUGUUACUUUAACAUACAUAGGCCCCAGUUUACUGCAUUUUGUUGGCUUUCUGUACGCCCUAUACCUCUUUCGUAUAGCCGAUAACGAACAGCUACAAAAUCUGAUGGAAAGAGUAUUCCUAUUGUCUUCAUACGCGCCCCAGGGAACACCAACAACGAAACCAAAAAGGUUGCUUCGAAUGCUCUGGUUCUUCAUAUUUUUGAGCGUAUUUUGGAUGUGCUUGUCGUUAUGUUCAGUAAAUCUUAUGAUGGCGAAGGGAACCAUCAUGUUUAAAUGGAUGGAAAGUAGUUCGAGCGAAGUUAUAUUAGCAUUAAAAAUCGUCCUGAUAAUAUGCACAUUAAUUCACGACAUGAUCCAGGCGACGGUUAUUACCAGCUAUUGUCUCCAAGUGCAGUUGUUGCAGGCACAUUUGCUGUUCCUCAAAGAGCGGCUCAUCAAUCGGACUAUCUCGCCGUUGAAUUGGAUGAGGGAAAUAGCAGAGUUUCGCAAGCUGCUCAAAUAUCUAAACGAUGAUCUUGCACCAGCUGUGUGUUUGUUUACGAUUGUGAACGCGUCCUGCGCCAUCUCCUGCAUCAUGUGGCUCCUGGAUUUGGACAAAGUCGACACGGAGACGGAGCCGAUUGUGGGGAUCAGCGUGCUCAACCUGCUAUUGUGGAUAGCAGCUGUUAUUGCACCCUUCAUUCAGGCAGCGAGAUUGUCGGCAGAAUGUCGUCGCACGCAACAUGUUGGUCACGAACUGUGCGAGCGACCGUUUCUCCACCAGGACACCUCACAAGAGGACAUCAGCUCUAUAUUGGCGUACUCUGCUACUCUCAACCUGCGAGCCAAAUUAUUCGCCUUCCCUGUUUCCGGUCGUUACAUUCUUCUUGUUCUUACUAUCACAACUAUCGCCUCUUUUGCAUUGGGUAUGUGCCAUUAUUUACAAUGAUUAUAAAUCAAGAAUAAUUGAAUGUUGAAAUAAAAUAAUAUGAUUUUUGUCUAGGUAUUUUAUUUUAAUAACAUAUAAUUAAUUAUAAAUGUAUAAUAUAUAGUUUCAACAAUACACCCAUAUAUGAUCUAAAUACACAGUUAACCGAGACUAUGUAGGUGCAUAGUAUAACUACCAAAGUAUUAAUAAUUAGAAACAUUAUCUAUUCUUUCAUUCGUAUUGUAGCUGUAGAAAUAUUUAAAUAAAAAUUUUAAAUCAUCGAA